AGUCCGGCGGCGGCGGGCGCACGGCGGGGACGCGGCGGCGCGGGCAGCGGCAACGGCAGCGGCGGCCGUCGGGGCGGUCGCGCCUCCGGGAGCGCCUCCCGCCGCCACCUCGGGGCCGGCCCCGCCAUGGGGCGGCCGCUGUAAGCGCGGCGGCGGCGGGGCUGCGCCUCUCGCCCCGGCCGGGGCUCCCCUCCAUUGUUCCCGGGAGCGGCGGGCACCGCGCCGCCGCCGCCGCCGCCGCCGCCCGCGGGGCUCCGCUCGGAGGGGCUGACGGCCCGGCGGAGACCCCCCCCGCGCCCGCCCGGGGCCAGCCCGGUGUCCCCAUGGAGUGGGAAUUGCGGAGCCCAGUCGCCGAGCAGUAGCCGCAGCAGUGGGAUGUUUACCUGGCGGUGCCUCAUCCUUUGGGCUGUGCUGGUCACAGCCGCGCUCUCAGCUGCCAGACCGGCCCCUACCCUGCCCGACCAAGUUCUGCCCAAAGCAAAAAUCGAAGUGGAGUCCUACUCGGCCCACCCCGGUGACCUCCUCCAGCUGCGCUGCCGGCUGAGGGAUGACGUCCAGAGCAUCAACUGGGUGCGCGACGGCGUCCAGCUGGCCGAGAACAACCGGACGCGCAUUACCGGGGAGGAGGUAGAGGUCAGGGACGCGGUGCCCGAGGACUCGGGGCUCUAUGCCUGCAUGACCAACAGCCCCUCGGGAAGCGAGACCACCUACUUCUCCGUGAACGUCUCAGACGCGCUCCCCUCCGCGGAGGAUGAUGACGACGAAGACGAUUCCUCUUCGGAGGAGAAGGAGGCAGAUAACACCAAGCCGAACCAGGCCAUCGCUCCCUACUGGACCUAUCCCGAGAAGAUGGAGAAGAAGCUCCAUGCCGUCCCUGCCGCCAAAACGGUGAAAUUCAAGUGUCCGUCAAGUGGGACGCCCAACCCCACGCUGCGCUGGCUGAAGAACGGCAAGGAGUUCAAACCCGACCACCGCAUCGGGGGGUACAAGGUCCGCUACGCAACCUGGAGCAUCAUCAUGGAUUCGGUGGUGCCGUCCGAUAAGGGCAACUACACGUGCAUCGUGGAGAACAAAUACGGGAGCAUCAACCACACCUACCAGCUGGAUGUCGUGGAGCGGUCCCCGCACCGGCCCAUCCUGCAGGCAGGGCUGCCUGCUAACAAGACCGUAGCCCUGGGCAGCAACGUGGAGUUCGUCUGCAAAGUCUACAGCGAUCCCCAGCCCCACAUCCAGUGGCUGAAGCACAUCGAGGUGAACGGCAGCAAGAUCGGCCCCGACAACCUGCCCUACGUGCAGAUCCUGAAGCACUCGGGGAUUAAUAGCUCUGAUGCGGAGGUGCUGACCCUGUAUAAUGUGACAGAGGCGGAGAGCGGGGAGUAUGUUUGUAAGGUUUCCAAUUAUAUUGGCGAGGCCAACCAGUCUGCGUGGCUCACUGUCACCAGACCUCUGGCAAAAGCUAUUGAAGACACCCCGGCCAUGAUGACGUCCCCCCUCUACCUGGAGAUCAUCAUUUACUGCACCGGGGCCUUCCUCAUCUCCUGCAUGGUGGUGACCGUCAUCAUCUACAAGAUGAAGAGCACCACCAAGAAGACGGACUUCAACAGCCAGCUGGCCGUGCACAAGCUGGCCAAAAGCAUUCCCCUGCGCAGACAGGUAACAGUGUCGGCCGACUCCAGCUCCUCCAUGAACUCGGGCGUGAUGCUGGUCCGGCCCUCGCGGCUCUCCUCCAGCGGCACCCCCAUGCUGGCCGGCGUCUCUGAGUACGAGCUCCCCGAGGACCCGCGCUGGGAAUUACCCCGGGACAGGCUGAUUCUGGGCAAACCGCUGGGAGAAGGGUGCUUCGGGCAGGUGGUGCUGGCAGAAGCCAUCGGCCUCGACAAGGACAAGCCAAACCGUGUGACCAAGGUGGCGGUGAAGAUGCUCAAGUCCGACGCCACGGAGAAGGACUUGUCCGACCUCAUCUCUGAAAUGGAGAUGAUGAAGAUGAUCGGCAAGCACAAGAACAUCAUCAACCUGCUGGGAGCCUGCACGCAGGACGGACCCCUCUACGUGAUCGUGGAGUACGCCAGCAAGGGCAACCUGCGGGAGUACCUGCAAGCCCGGCGGCCCCCCGGCAUGGAGUACUGCUACAACCCUACCCGCGUCCCCGAGGAGCAGCUCUCCUUCAAGGACUUGGUCUCCUGCGCCUACCAGGUGGCCCGAGGCAUGGAGUACCUGGCCUCCAAGAAGUGCAUCCACAGGGACCUGGCAGCCAGGAACGUCCUGGUGACCGAGGACAACGUGAUGAAGAUUGCCGACUUCGGUCUGGCCCGUGACAUCCACCACAUAGAUUACUACAAGAAGACGACAAACGGUCGUCUGCCGGUGAAGUGGAUGGCCCCAGAGGCUCUGUUCGACCGAAUAUACACUCACCAGAGCGACGUGUGGUCCUUCGGCGUGCUGCUGUGGGAGAUCUUCACGCUGGGCGGCUCGCCCUACCCCGGCGUGCCGGUCGAGGAGCUCUUCAAGCUGCUGAAGGAAGGUCACAGGAUGGACAAGCCUAGCAACUGCACCAACGAGCUGUACAUGAUGAUGCGGGAUUGCUGGCACGCCGUCCCCUCCCAGAGACCCACCUUCAAGCAGCUGGUGGAAGACCUGGAUAGGAUCGUGGCCAUGACCUCCAACCAGGAGUACCUGGACCUCUCCAUGCCGCUGGAUCAGUAUUCUCCCGGCUUCCCGGACACCCGCAGCUCCACCUGCUCCUCGGGAGAGGACUCUGUUUUUUCUCACGACCCUCUUCCAGACGAGCCGUGUCUUCCCAAGUUCCCCCCUCAGCACACCAACGGUGGACUGAAGCGACACUGAGGGUGGCACUGCCAGCAGGGACUGCCAUGCCGUGCCGUGCCGUGCCGUGCCACGCCGUGCCGUGCCCACGGGCUGCCGGCGGACGCUGCCUGCGCAGCCCAGUCGUGCUGAGCUAUUGCAGAAAGGGUUCAGAGACACAACCGUAGCAUCUCACGUAACCAAAACCACCCACCUCUCAUGCCAGCUUCUCCUGCCGCCUUAGUUGUGAGCUCUCUGCAGCCCAAAGGUUUUGUUCUGGUGUUUUUUUUGGUGUUUCCUUUUUUUU